AUGUCACAACCUCGGAUCCUCGAGUUGGUGAAGACUCAAUGUCGCAUCUUCUCCCUCAAUUUCAACCCCCAACGACUCCGGCUCGGAAACAAGAUCCUCAGACAACGGCUGCGCGGUCCAGCACUCGCGGCAUGGUAUCCCAAGAAGGAUGUCUCAUUCAGAGACCUACAGAACACAUACAAGCCACUCGGCUUGACGACCUUUGACGAGGCCGAAGACGAUCGAGAGGAAGCCAUUCAAAUGUAUGUGUACCGCAUGCGCAUGCUAUUUUCGAAAGUUUCGCCCAUUGACUUUAUCCUACAGUGCCAAAUUGCGAGGAAAGGGACGGCCCAAAAAGAAGAGAACCGCAGCCGAAUCGAAAUCCGCGAAGAAGAAGAGAUAAACCCGCUUCCCCACGGCAAACACUCCUACAUUUUACAAGAACUUCGAUUGCCCAUUUAG